AUGCAUUUGUUUGUAUGCCCUGAUUUCCAAGAAAGCGGCACUUGUCCAAGAGGAAAAUCGUGCACUUUGGCGCAUUCUGCAACUUUAAGUACCCAGAGGCUGAUGCUAUCGAAAGACAAACUGGAAGCAGACACGGAAGUUCUUAUUGAGAGUGACACCGAAGAGAGAGACCCAAUCCGCCAAAUUAUCAAUAGUUACACUAUUGAUCCGUCAUUAUUAUUUGAGACUAGCAGAGACGGAAAAUAUGAUAUAUACAUUGACAAUGAUGGAUCUGGACCAAAGAAUCCUGCAAAAAAUGAGGCAAAUAGUAACACAUUUAAAGAAAAUUCUGAGUUCAUGAUACAUUUAGAUUCAGACAGUGAACAAGAAAGAGAAAACAAUUCUGCUCGAGACUCGAAUGAGAGUGAACUCGACGAUUUACAGGAAAAUAACGAUUAUAUAGAAUUCUGA